AUGCCACCCGGACCUCAAUAUGAAUUUCGUCUGCUGCCACCGCCCGGGAAAGAAAUUCGCCGGCCGACGCCGUCUGACCCCGCCCCGUCCUGCAAUCCACCCUUAUUCAACGAUGCGAUGAGUGUGCGCACCACAGUAUUUAUCGAAGAACAAGGAUGCUCUGCAGAAUCCGAGCUCGAUGAAGACGACCCUCGCAGCUGGCAUUGGGUCAUGUAUGACACGCAAUCGGACCAAAAGGUCCCCAUCGGAGUCAUACGGCUUGUGCCGCCACCUCAUCCGCCACAUGAGACCCUCUUGGGCAACGGAGGUGAAGACGAAACCCGCCCAAGCGCAGGAGAACACAACACGCACACGGAGCCAUAUGUGAAAUUGACAAGAGUUGGACUAUUGCCAGGCUAUCGAGGCAAGGGUCUCAGCCGCCAGCUGAUGGAUGUUUCCUUGAACUGGGCGAUAGACCACCCGGAAGAUGUGGUCUCUGCGCUGGGUAAAGACGCGGAACCUUGGACUGGACUUGCCCUGGUCCACGCGCAGGUCCAGGUGGAAGCAUUGUACGCACGGAUGGGGUUUGUGACGGAUAAGAGUAUGGGGGUGUGGGACGAGGAGGGAAUCUCUCACGUCGGGAUGUGGAAGAGAUUGGAUUUAUCGCAAAAGACGGGUUCUUGA